AUGUCAAACGUUAGCUCACAAAGUACAACGGAAGAAGAAACUGAAAUACUCACUAGACAAACUGUAUUACUUGAUAUUCCACCUCGUUUACAAUGGAAUAAUGGUAAUGGUUAUUGUGGUGAAACAGCCCUUCAAUCUAUUGGUCUAUAUUACGGUGCUUGGAUUUCUCAAAAACUGAUUUAUGAUAUAAAUAAUGGUGAAUAUCUUUUGCAACCAAUAUCAAUCAAUGAUCAUCGAAAUCCAUUGCGUACUUUGGAAAUACUUCACUUUACAUAUAGUGAAUGGGAUUGGAUAAAUUCUCCUCAACCACAUUUUCGUAAUUUUUGUCGUUGGAUGAAACAGUCGAUUAUACGCAAACAUCCUGUAAUAUUUGGUAUAUUUCUUCCUGGUAUGGAUUAUGAAGAUUAUGAUCAUAUUGUUCCAGCAGUUGGUAUACGAUAUAAAAAUGAAAAUGAAUAUGAUCAAGAGGAUGAACUUAUCUAUUAUGUUCUAAACCAUAAAAAAGAAAUUGAAAAAAAGAUGAGUGAAGACGAAUUUGGAUCAACAAGGGAAACAAUAGAUAUCAAAGAAGAUGCAGAUGAUGGAUGUAUACCAUUAGAUAUCGAUUAUAGCAUUGCUAUUACUGGUAUUGUAGAUGAAGAUCAUGUCACAUUACCGGUUCGCUUAUCAGUUCCUCAAUGGAAUGAACCUAAUCCAACUUAUCGUAAAAAUCCUAGAGAGAUGGUUGGUACUAUAACAGUAAACAACUUGACAAUUGGAAAGUUCUAUGCUCUACUUCGCUAUUCAUCUUAUACAUAUGUUCCAACUCAAGGGGAUGAAGAUACUUUUCUACAAUCUCAAUUUGAAGCAAAACAUGAAUUUAUGGCAACGACAACAAACUAUGUAUACGAAGAUCCACAGACAAUAUCAUCAACCGGAUCAGUUUACUAUCGAUGUAUUCGAAUACCUGAGUGA